CACACCUCUCCCCACCCUACUCGUUCCCUCUGGCUGUAACUGCUAGUGACAGCAGCAAGCUGCAGUAGAAGAGGGAAGGAAGCAAAGGAGUACGAGAGGAGCAAAAGAGAAAAGGAGCCUGGCUGGGUUUCCUCGUCCCACAGUGGAGAGCAUCGCGGAGCACAGACGCAGGACUGCUACCCUGCCCACGGUGACUCUAGCACCAGCUGGUGGAGCAGUGGGUGAUGGCGUCCCUGCUACAAGGCCGGCUGCCCAUCAAUCAAGACCUGCUGCUGAUGCAGAAAGGCACGCCAAUGCGCAAGGUGCGGUCCAAAAGCUGGAAGAAACUGAGAUACUUCAGACUUCAGGAUGAUGGCAUGACAGUCUGGCAUUCCCGACAGGCCGGAGGCAGUGCCAAGCCGAGCUUCUCAAUCUCUGACGUGGAGACGGUGCGUGAGGGCCGUGAGUCUGAGUUGCUGCGCAGCCUGGCAGAGGAGUUCCCCCUGGAGCAAGGCUUCACUGUCAUCUUCCAUGGCCGCCGCUCCAACCUGGACCUGGUGGCCAACAGUGUCGAGGAGGCCCAGAUCUGGAUGCAGGGGCUCCAGCUGUUGGUAGACUUCGUCACCAGCAUGGACCAACAGGAGCGGCUGGACCAAUGGCUGAGUGACUGGUUCCAGCGUGGAGACAAAAACCAGGAUGGUCGAAUGAGCUUCCGAGAAGUCCAGCGAUUACUGCACCUGAUGAAUGUGGAAAUGGACCAAGAAUACGCCCUCCAGCUUUUCCAGGCAGCAGACACGUCCCAGUCUGGGACUCUGGAGGGAGAAGAAUUUGUAGAGUUCUAUAAGGCAUUGACUAAGCGUACUGAGGUGCAGGAACUGUUUGAAAACUUUUCGGCUGAUGGGCAGAAGCUGACCCUGCUGGAAUUUGUGGAUUUCCUCCGAGAGGAGCAGAAAGAAGGAGACCGUGCUUCUGACCUUGCUCUGGAACUUAUCGACCGCUAUGAGCCUUCAGAGAGCGGCAAACUGCGGCACGUGCUGAGCAUGGAUGGUUUCCUCAGUUACCUCUGCUCGAAGGACGGAGACAUCUUCAACCCGACCUGCCUCCCCAUCUACCAGGAUAUGACUCAGCCCCUGAGCCAUUACUACAUCAACUCCUCUCACAACACCUACCUAGUGGGGGACCAGCUUUGUGGCCAGAGCAGCGUCGAGGGAUACAUACGGGCCCUGAAGCGGGGCUGCCGCUGCGUGGAGGUGGAUAUAUGGGAUGGACCUAGCGGGGAACCUAUCGUUUACCACGGACACACCCUGACGUCCCGCAUCCUGUUCAAAGAUGUCGUGGGCACUGUAGCACAGUACGCCUUCCAGACAUCAGACUAUCCAGUCAUCUUGUCCCUGGAGAACCACUGCAGCUGGGAGCAGCAGCAGGUCGUAGUGCACCACCUGACCGAGAUCCUGGGGGAGCUGCUGCUGAGCACCACCUUGGAUGGGCUGCUGCCCACUCAGCUGCCCUCGCCUGAGGAGCUUCGGAGGAAGAUCCUGGUGAAGGGGAAGAAGUUAAGGACACUUGAGGAGGAUCUUGAGGAAGAGGACGAGGAGGAAGAGCUAGAGUCUGAACUGGAGGGGGAGCAGGAGGCUGAGCCGGAGCUUCAGGCCCAGUCUGAGUCUGAGCCCCAGGAGUUGAGCCCUCGCAGUAAAGACAAAAAGGAGAAGGUUGUGAUGUGCCCGCUGUUUUGUCCACCUCCUUGUUGUCAGAUUAUGGUCCAGGCUCCUAUUCCCAAGCCUGGGUUCCUUCUCUUUCCCAAGCAGAAAUCCAAGCCCAUCUUGUGUCCAUCUCUCUCUGCCCUGGUUGUCUACUUGAAGUCUGUCUCAUUCCACAGCUUCGCUCAUUCGAGGGACAACUACCACUUCUAUGAGAUCUCGUCUUUCUCUGAAACCAAGGCCAAGAGCCUCAUCAGAGAGGCUGGCAACGAGUUUGUGCAGCACAACACCUGGCAGUUAAGCCGUGUAUAUCCCAGUGGCCUGAGGACAGAUUCGUCCAACUACAACCCCCAGGAACUCUGGAAUGCAGGCUGCCAGAUGGUGGCUAUGAACGUGCAGACUGCGGGGCUUGAGAUGGACAUCUGUGAUGGGCUCUUCCGCCAGAACGGUGGCUGUGGCUACGUGCUGAAGCCCGACUUCCUGCGUGACGCCCAGAGUUCCUUCGACCCUGAGAGGCCCGUCAGCCCUGUCACAGCCCAGACCCUCCUAAUCCAGGUGAUCAGUGGUCAGCAACUCCCCAAAGUGAAGACCAAAGAGGGCUCCAUUGUGGACCCACUGGUGAGAGUGGAGAUCUUCGGCAUCCGCCCAGACACAGCCCGCCAAGAGACCAGCUACGUGGAGAACAACGGUUUUAAUCCAUACUGGGGGCAGACACUCUGCUUCCGGGUCCUGGUGCCUGAACUGGCCCUGCUGCGUUUUGUGGUGAGGGAUUAUGACUGGAAAUCCCGACACGACUUUAUUGGUCAGUACACCCUGCCAUGGACCUGCAUGCAACAAGGUGAGCCAGUCCCUGGACCCCUGGCCAAGACCCCAGCCCUGGCUGCCUUCCUAAUGCUGUCCUCCUGCCCCUUUCCAGGUUACCGCCACAUACACCUGCUCUCCAAGGACGGCACCAGCCUCCAACCGGCUUCCAUCUUCGUGCACAUCUGCAUCCGGGAAGGGCUGGAGGGGGAUGAAUCCUGAGGUGGGCACUUCAUGGGAAGGGUGGGUGCACUGGCUUUAGAUGUCCUCUUGCUUUAGGCUCAAUCCCAUACCCAGAUUUAGGACUGAUCUCUCCCAUCAGCUCUGGCUCAAAGGCAGGCUGCAACUAGAAAUCCAGAGGGGCUUAGGGCAGAGAAACCCACAGGGGAAUUAUCCCCUCCACCCCUCACUUCCUUCAAGUUCAGAGCCAUGGAAGGAUAGAUCUAGCCUCGACUCCUCAGGCAAAGGCUGAAGAAGACCUGACCCCAGGACUGUACUGACUCUCAAGAGAACACCAUAUAGCCCCCAGAUCCCCAAAUGGACUGCUCCUCCCUAGCCCCCCAGUAUAAACAGAGCUUCUCUACCCAA